UCGUACUUCCUUGCAGAGGGAUGGCUGCGCUUCGGGCGGGCCCGGUAGCCCCGCAGCGUGCGCUGCUCUGGUAGCGGCUCGCAAGCGGGCGCGAUCCGGGCUCGCGGGUGCACAGGUACAGCCCACGCCUCCCUUGGCACCUCAGCACCUUCGGGGCGGGACUUGGGACGGUCUGAAAUCGGUCACAAUGGAGGCAGGCAAGCAGAUGCGCGUGUCUCGGCCAUACAAAAUCAGCGAGUCUUCAAAGGUGUACCACUGUCCCGACCACCCCACCACGGUGCUGCAGAGGCUGAACGAGCAGCGGCUGCACGGCCUCUUCUGCGACGUGGUCCUUGUGGUCGAAGAGCAGCAAGUGCCAGCCCACCGCAACCUUCUGGCUGUAUGCAGCGACUACUUCAACUCCAUGUUCACACUGGGCAUGCGCGAAGCUUUCCAGAAGGAGGUGGAGCUGGUGGGCACCUCCUACGUGGGGCUCAAGGCGGUGGUGGAUUUCCUCUACACCAGCGAGCUGGAACUGGACGGCAGCAACAUUGACUACAUCCUGGAGACGGCGCACCUGCUGCAGAUCUGGACGGUGGUGGACUUCUGCUGCGAGUACCUGGAGCAGGAGGUGAGCGAGGACAACUACCUAUACUUGCAGGAGCUGGCCUCCAUCUACAGCCUCAAGAGGCUUGACGCCUUCAUCGAUAGCUUCGUCCUGAGCCACUUCAGCACGCUGUCCUUCACGCCCGACUUCCUGCAGUCCAUUUCUGUGCAGAAGCUAUGUAUGUACCUGAGCAGUGGCCAGGUACAGCACAAGUGGGAAUAUGACCUGCUGCAGGCGGCUCUGCAGUGGCUCACGCAGCAGCCCGAGCGCGAGGUGCACACCUGCCGCGUGCUAGAGAACAUCCGCUUCCCCCUCUUCCCCGAGGACAUCCUGCUACAGCGGGUGAAGCUGGCCAUGGGCUCACUGCUGCCCAGCGAGGCCAACGGCGAGGGCUUUGUGGAAGAGGCCAUGCACUACCACAAUAGCCUAGUGGCCCAGCCUGUCCUGCAGACCAAGCGGACGCUGCUGCGUUCCGAGGAGUGCUUGCUCUUCGUGGGUGGUGAGGUCUCUGAGCGGUGUCUGGAGCUGAGCGAUGACACCUGCUACCUAGACACCAAGAACGAACAGUGGGUGAAGGAGACAUCCCUGCCGGCCCGCCGGAGCCACCAUUGUGUCGCUGUGCUGGGGGGCUUUAUCUUCAUUGCUGGUGGCAGCUUCUCGAGAGACAACGGAGGGAAUGCAGCCUCCAACCUUCUUUAUAGGUAUGACCCCCGCCAUAAACAGUGGAUCAAGGUGGCGUCCAUGAACCAGCGCCGCGUGGAUUUCUACCUAGCCUCCAUUGAAGACAUGCUGGUGGCCGUCGGUGGCCGGAACGAGAACGGAGCACUGUCUUCUGUAGAGACCUACAGCCCCAAGACCAACUCCUGGACAUUUGUGGCUGGCUUGCCAAGGUUCACCUAUGGCCACGCGGGCACCAUCUACAAAGACUUCGUGUACAUCUCAGGGGGCCAUGACUACCAGAUUGGCCCGUACCGCAAGAACCUGCUGUGCUAUGACCACCGGACGGAUGUGUGGGAGGAGAGGCGACCCAUGACAACAGCUCGAGGCUGGCACAGCAUGUGUAGCCUGGGCGACAGCAUCUAUUCCAUUGGGGGCAGCGACGACCACAUGGAGUCCAUGGAGCGCUUUGACGUGCUGGGCGUGGAGGCCUACAGCCCACAGUGUAACCAGUGGACUCGAGUGGCGCCGCUGCUGCAGGCCAACAGUGAGUCAGGCGUGGCCGUGUGGCAGGGCCGCAUCUACAUCCUGGGGGGCUACAGCUGGGAGAGCACGGCCUUCUCCAGAGCUGUGCAGGUGUAUGAUCAUGAGGCCAACAGAUGGAGCCGGGGUCCCGACCUCCCCAACGCCAUUGCGGGCGUGUCGGCCUGUGUGUGCGCCCUCAACCCAAGGCUGGAGGAAAAGAAGAGGAACAAGGACAAACGCCAGGACCGAGGUCAGUGACCCUGAGGCGCUCACAGAGGCGGACAUCUCCAUGAUUUCGCUCCUAGCAGCUCUUUGUACUUUUUUCAUUCCUGGACUUUCUAUGCUACCACAGUAAAGAAUAAUUAAAUAUUCUUUACAAUUUCACAUAUUAUCUUCUUUGAAUACUUACAUCAGGGACCUCAUGUCUGAAUAGACCUUCUUCCCAGGCCACACCACGCACUCCCGAAGGUCCCCGGGUCUGUCUCUGCCAACAGGAGCCUGCUCACAGGCUAUAUAGAAAUUUUUGCAGUAAAACUCAGGGUCUCCAAGGUCUGGGCCUUCCCCAAACCUGGCAAAACUCUCAUAUAGACACCUACUAUGUGCUGAGGGCCAGGAGGAGGCUGGUCCAGAGACUUGAGGUGUGAGCAUCAGCUGUAUUCUGUGUUCAGUUGUCGAAGGCAAGAGCAAGCACAUCUGUUGUGCAUUUAAAGACACGGGGACCCCAAGCUCCCUGGAGGAGCAGGCGAGACCUAGGGACUCUUGAUUGUCUUGUUGAAAGUUCCAUACCAGCUGGUUCUUUUCUGUACAGCGCCAUCUUCCCUGGCUGGUAAUCUUUGUGAACUCUAGUCGAGAUAGGUCAUUAAGGAAAAGGGGGCGGAGAAAUGGCAGGGAGGUGUUUUUCUGUACAGUGUUCUGUGGCGUGAGCUGCCCACCUCCUGACAUUAUCACAGUGAGCUCCCCAAAUCUACCUUUCUCUUCUCAGAAAUGAAAAGGCAGCCCUGUGACACUUCCAGUCAUCCCUCUGGGCUGGCCCUGCCAUCAGGAGCAUAAGUGAGCAUGCUGGUCUCCAAAAAACGUGGCUUAGUUCCCUCCCCAGCUCAGUAACCAUCCUGGCUCUGCCGGCUGCUUCUAAGUGGUUCUGCCAUGCUGGGAAGAUGCUGUUUCUCAAUCUC